AUGGACGUCGAUCAACCUGUCCCGCCGCAACCCUCGUCGCAGCAGGACCCCGCGAACAAGCGCAAACGCGUCAACACGAAUGGCGACGCGGAGGAGAUCAAUACCAACACCAACACGACCAGUGCGCAGCCGCAAGGCAACGCGCUCGCUGUCCCGCCGGUCCCGUAUCCCGCGGACUGGUCUCGCCUCAUGGCGGACACGUCACUGGUCAAGCCCACCCCGGCCGUAGUGCGGAAGUUCGCUGAGUUUUACAACUCGGCGAUUUCACACUACUCGAACGCGAUUCGUCUCCAGACGAAGCGUAUUCGCACCGCGGAGGCUUACGAGGACUCGGUCCGGAAAGGGGAAACCCCGCCCGUCGUGUCCGAGUCAUUGCGCGGUCCCUCCCUCACUAUGCCUCCCGGCCUUGCGAGCGGAGACGAGGACGAGGCUUUUAAAGCCGCGCGCUUGGCGUACAACAUCUCUCUUGCCGAGACUCGCCGUCUCGCGACUGCAUUCAUGACCGCGGGUUACAACGCGAUCAAGAUUGCCGGCGAUCUUUCAAAGCUCGCCCAGUCGCUGCAAGAGAACAUGAUUGUCGACCUUCAGUCGUACGCGUACGAGGUCCUCAAGGCCGCGAACGCACCUAAGACGCUGAUUUGGUCGCCCUUCAUCGACGCUGUCGGGAAGGUGCUCGGCGAGCGCAUGACCAAUCUCCGGAUUGAUUAUGUGACUUCGGAGCGGACUCGCAUUGAGGACAGCACUCGCAAGACUGCUUCCCUCGCGACCGCGACGGCCGAGGCUGAGACGAAGGCGGCUUCCAAGUCCGUCCAAGAGCUCGUCCAAGAGGAACUCGAACUGUACAUCAAACGCAACAAGCUCGAAUUGAAGCGCAAGGAGCCCGACGCCGCCAGCAACUCGCAGGCGAAACCGGCCAAGAAAGCGAAGAACGACUCCGCCGCGCAGAACACGCCCGCGUCGACUUCCAAGUCGAACGGAAACGGAAACGCGCAGGAACCCUCGACCUCGAAGAAUUCGAAGCCUCGGAGGUUCCACUCGGGCGGAGCUGCAGGAAACGGCGGAGGAGGCGGAGGAAACAAGGCGCAAGGCAAGGCGAAGGCGAAGGCGAAAUAA